CUCCACAAUCCGUCGCAUUCCAUAACUUCUUCUCCCCCGAAGUCCUUCAUAAAUAUUUCCGCAACUUACUUAACCACCAUUCCCCUCUAGCUCUCUCGCCCCUCCAACUUCGCUCUACCACACAGCCUGCCUCUCUACCACAGUAAUUUCCAACCCGCCAAAAAAAAAAAUGACAACACAAGUCCCCAUCCUCAUUCUCGAUGGCGGUCUUGGCACCACCCUCCAAGACCACCACUCCAUCACCUUCACCUCGACCAGCACGCCUCUCUGGUCCUCGCACCUCCUGAUCUCCUCCCCCUCGACCCUCCUCGCUUGCCAACGCUCCUUCGUGACAGCCGGCAGCGACGUCCUCCUCACUGCGACCUACCAAGUCUCAACCGAAGGGUUUUCGCGCACCAAGACCCCCGAGUUCCCCACUGGCAUCCCCCGCGCCGCCAUCGCCCCCUACAUCCGCACGGGUCUCUCCGUCGCCGCCGACGCAACGGCAAACACCGACUGCAAGGUCGCGCUGAGCCUCGGUCCCUACGGCGCGUGCAUGAUCCCCGGCCAGGAGUACAGCGGGGCCUACGACGCCGCCCACAACGACGAGGAGAGUCUGUUUCAAUGGCAUCUGGAGCGCCUGAGGUUGAUUGUCGAUGCCGUCCACGAAACCGGGCAGACGCUGCAGGAGAAGGUGCAGUAUGUGGCGUUUGAGACGCUGCCGCGCUUGGAUGAGGUGCGGGCGGUGCGGCGCGCGGCGCGCGCGGCGGGGCUGGACGGCAUGGGGAUUCCGUUUUGGGUGGUGUGUGUGUUUCCAAUUGAGGGGCGAGAUGAGUUGCCGGAUGGGAGCUCGGUGGAGGAGGUGGUGGCGGCGGCGUUGGGUGGUGGCGAUGGCGCUGGGGCGGUGCCGUGGGGGAUUGGGCUCAAUUGUACGAAGGUGCAUCGGUUGGAGCGGUUGGUCAAGUUGUUUGAGGAUGGCGUUCAGAAGGUGUUGACCCGACAAGAUGCUGGGAGUAAGAAGCAGCCGGCCUUGGUGUUGUAUCCGGAUGGGACGCAGGGGGAGGUCUAUAACACCACGACGCAAGUGUGGGAGAACAAAGCUGAUGGGCCUGGGGCGGCUGACUCGCGUCCGUGGGAAGUCCAACUUGCAGAGGUUGUCAAUCAUGCUCGAGCUAGUGGCCAGUUCAGCUCGAUCCUCGUGGGCGGCUGCUGCAAAGCGUCCCAUCAUGACAUCGCCAAGCUCCGACAACAGUUUUCAUAAUUCUAUACAUUCAAGUUAUACGUCAUCUGUACAUUAUUCUUUUCAAAAAGACAAGACUACUUAGUAAUCCGAA